GAAGCUGCCAAGCUGGACAAGUCCUGUUCUGAGUGUGCGACACCAGACAAUACAGAACCUGUGCAGCUUGGUUCCAUCCCAGAGGAGCAGUAUGUAGGCGAAGGAACCGAGGAACCAGUGACUCUGCCACUACACACCUGUUACAGGGAUGCAGAAACCCUCACAGAUGUCUGUAACAGCACAGAGCUCGCUGAGGUGGAGAUUAUCAGCCUGUUGGAGGAGCAACUGCCCAUCUACAGGCUGAGGGCUGACAGUGUGUACGGCUAUGAGCACGACGACUGGAUCCACACGCCUCUCAUUUCGCCGGACACACGCAUAGACCUUACAUCCGAGCAAAUUGAGGAGACCCUCAACUAUUUUUUGCUAUGUGCUGAGCGAGUGGGCCAGAUGACUAAGACCUACAAUGACAUUGAUGCUGUCACGAGACUCCUGGAGGAGAAAGAAAGAGACCUUGAGCUUGCUGCUCGUAUCGGUCAGUCCCUCCUGAAGAAGAACCAGGUUCUGUCUGAACAGAAAGAAUACCUGGAGGAACAAGUGGGCACCAUUAGGGAGGAGGUGGCUCAGCUGCACCAUGAGUUAAAUCUGAAAGAUGAGCUGCUUCAGUUUUACACUAAUGCAGCAGAGGAAAGUGAAGAAGGAUCGCCCACGGGUCGACAGGGAAGGGUGGGAGUGUCGUUCCCUAGUGGUUCCUCUCUGGACGUUCUGCAACAAAAACUUCGAGACCUGGAAGAGGAGAACCUGUCUCUCAGAUCAGAGGCGAGUCACCUGAAGUUUGAGACAGAGUCAUACGAGGAAAAAGAGCAGCAACUUGUGAAUGACUGCGUCAGAGAGCUUAGGCAGUCCAGCAUCCAGAUCUCCAGCAUAGCAGAGGAACUGGCCAAAAAGACAGAAGAUGCCUCUCGCCAACAAGAGGAAAUCACACACUUGCUCUCCCAGAUAGUGGACCUACAGAAAAAAGCCAAAACCUUCGCCGUUGAGAACGAAGAACUUUCUCAGCACCUUGCGGCAGCUAAACAUGCUCAGAGACAGCUCACGGCAGAGUUGCAGGAACUGGAGGAGAAAUACUCUGAGUGCAUUGAGAUGCUCCAUGAGGCUCAAGAGGAGCUCAAAAAUGUACGAAACCGCAAUGUGUCCGCAGGAACCCCUAGACGCUAUCAUUCCCUGGGACUUUUCCCUAUGGACUCCCUAGCUGCUGAAAUUGAGGGAACCAUGAGGAAAGAACUGAGUCUUGAGAACCCAGAGAAUGAGGACCAAAGGGUCCGUCAAAAACGUGUGUUUGAGACUGUAAAGAACAUUAACCAAUCAGUAAGACAGCGACCUGCUGCUAACAUCCCAGGGUCCAAUCAGACGCUCACCUGCCUUAGCUCCGCCCCUUCUGACAGCAAGACCGUUGCUCCUCCUGACAACCGUACACAGAGCAUGCUAUUAGAAGCCGGCUCCACAGAUGUCACUGCAGACCCCACUGAAAAGCGAUCGGGCUCUGAGGAGCUCAAGCUCGCUCUGCGGAGACUUUCUCUACGGCGCCAGAACUGCCUGAGCGAGCGUCUCUUUUUUGAGGGAAAGAGAGAGAGGCGCAAUCGAGAGCCGUCGGACGUCGACGAUUACUCAAACAGGAUCGUCCACAGCGAAAGCAUCAUGUCUCUGGGCACUUGGGCCAGCCGUCCCUAUCUUCCCGACAAGCUCCAGAUCGUGAAACCUUUGGAAGGUUCGGCAACACUACAGCACUGGCAGCAGUUAGCUCAGCCUAAUCUGGGUGGUAUCCUGGAUGCCCGGCCUGGUGUGGUCCCGAAAGGCUUUCGUCCGUUGGAGCUAGACCUGGAGGAAGUGUAUCACUACGCAGAUUAUGAAGAAGAUGAGCCUGGAGAGCAAUAUUUCCAGAACCUCCCCACCACAACCACACCCAAUCCCGGUGUCUCCUCUAGCCAUAGCCACGCCUCCUCAGCAUCCCCAUCACCCUGCCUUAGCACAGGUCAUGCUUCCAAAGAGUUGUCAAUGUAUUACCCGGGCAAAUGCAUGGCCCAUACAAGUUCAACCUACACAUUCACUACCUGCAAAAUCCUCCACCCUUCUGAUGAACUAACAAGGGUGACACCCAGUUUAAACCCAGCACUCACCUCAGCCUGCGUAAUGUCGAGCAGUAUACGGUCAACGCCCGCCGUCACGCCCUGCACACCCCGUCGAAUGAGUCUGUCCCAGUCUCAGUCCUUUACCAACCUUCGCGACUCAACCAAAACCUUCAGCACCUCUUUGGGUCUGGUGCGCCUUUUACAGGAGAGGGGGAUCUCUGCUGCCGUGUACCAGCCUCAAAGCUGGAAUAGAGGAAAUAGUGGAGUACUUUUCUCUACCUCCGUUAUCCCUUCUCCCUCUCCGGACCCCCAUCGACCCUCCACCCCACCCAAUUCCCCCACCCACCACCACACUCCCAGUCCAAAUGCGGCUGUUUCCGAUUCAAACACCCCCACGCCGUUCUCUUUUAAAUGUCCGUCCUAUGAGAACUUCCUGGCUUCUAAGCCGGCACGAUCCAUUUUGAAAGAGGUGGCGGGGGUGUCUGUGGCUGAGGCUAAAGACUGUGAGAGUCAAACCGAUGUGAGUAUGUAUAAUCUGAACUUGGUGGAUAAGCUUAAAAGGUUGGGGUUGGCAAGUCCAGGGGCUUCCGGGGCUACCGCUGGAGGGAUUCCAAGGCCAAGCCCAAUUAUAGGUCCUCUGGGUGGUCUUCGAAGGCCAGGGUCACCCUUUGGUCCAUUAAACGAAGGCAUGAGGAGGAAUCGUAGCUAUCCUGCAAUGGUUGGGGCCAGUAUGGCGAUGAAGGGGCCUGGACCUCAGGGGGAGGAAAUGCUACUGGCCCCUAAACUACCCAAACAAACAAGUCUCAAAUAAUGAUGCAUAAUAGUCACACAAUCACAAACACACUUAACAUAUUAUAGGUCACAUACUAAUAACACACUUGUAGUAAACACUAUACACGCUCACACUAACCUUUGUAUCACAUAUACACAAAGUUUAAUAGCCAUACUGUUCUGUCUGUAUGUCUUCACAAUCAUUUCGCCUUGUAAAGUUUCUCCAAGUUCAAUUUUUUCGGAUACAAGUGUGUCAUAGGUUUGGACCUGAUGUGCUGCCACUGAUUUAUGGGACACGGCUAUAGAAAUGUGUUCUCCCAUGGUGCUUUGUAGUAUUUUAAGGCUAGAUUUGCACAGGAGGGUCGUAUUGAGAUGUAUUGAUGUUGGCAUAGAGAAAAUAGAAAUGGCUUUGUGACGCAUCUCGCCAAACACUCAAUACUUUUUCUCCCCAUCUCUCUCUCUAACUUUAUCUCUCUUCUCAUCUUGUUUUCUGCUCUAUCUUCUUUCUUUAUUUUUAAUUGUGAAGUGAUAAUCUAUGUAGCUUUUGGCUUGGUGAAUGGGUUGGCCUGAAUGGAUUUAUUAAAUUAAAGGGGCAGUUACCCAAAAAAUAAAUAAAUAAAUACAUUUGGUAACUUACUCAAUUUAAUGUUGUUUCGACCCAGAUGACUUUUGUGGAGCAUGAGAAAAUUCGUAGAAAUUGUUAAAGACAAUGUUAUUUUCCAUACUGUGAUGCAUUGGAGUCGAUCACAAACAUUCCCUUCGUGUUUAUGAUCAUGACUGGAGACAUAAGUGUGAGGGGUUUGAAGCAACACGAUGGUAGGUAAAAAUGGUAUAUUUUUCUUUUUUGGGUGAACUGUUCCUUUAAGAAAAAAACUGUAUUUGUUGCGUUUUGGUGUUUUUCUAUGACUAAAAGAGUGUGCCUGAAUUUUAGCGUCCUGAGAAUUUUUACUGGGAAACAUAAACGAGAGCACUUGUGUUAAAACACGAUUUUAUUCAGUUAUUUAUUUAUUUACUUUGUCUAUUUCUUGCACUUGUUUUGACCUCCUGUUUGAAUUUGAAAACUACCAGCUUAUUCUUAUCGUUUGUCAAAUUACGUCAUGUUUAGUUGUUUUAUUCUCCUCAGGUAAUGACUGUACACGCGGGCGAAAGCAUUUAGAUUAGCGAAUGCGCAAUAAUGUUCAUUUAUUUCUCCAAAUAAAAACUGAAUGCAUAGAAAUUACACAGA